AUGGAAAUUGAAAUGACCAAGUGUUGGAAAUACAUGUUAGGUUUAACAGAAUGGGUUCUUCAUCCCGUAGUCAAAACGAUUAAAGAGCAAAUAACACAAGUAGACCCACACCCUAUCCACAAUGCAGUGCAUCUUGUCAGCGUCAGGACUUCGACCUGA